UUCCGGUCCCAUUUCCUCAUUCCGCGUCCGCUGAGGGGGGAGGAGGAGGGGGGAGCUCUGUAGGCGGCCUUGGUGUUGUUGGUUCGGUACUACCACGCCCCUCGACUCUCUCCUGUUCUGGCCGCGCGCGCACGCGCGAUUGGAAGCGUCGUCCUCUCUGUCACGUAGACCGAGCGCGCGACCACCCCCCGGGGGGUGCCGGAAAGUCUUCGGUUCAUUUCCGUGUCAGAAGAAAGCCGCUUCCGGGUCGUGUCUGGAAGCGAUGCUUCUGCGGGCGGUACUCGGAGGGGCUCGGCUCUUGCUGGCCCCUCGUGGAGGAGGUUCUCCUGGCCAGCAAUGUCUCCGGUGGUGGCAGCUCCCACAGAGGCGGACGCAACACAGUGUGGUGUCAGAAGUGGCUUCCCAGACCAAACCAGCUGUACCACCUGUCUCCAAUGCUGUGACAGACCGGAUUGUAGGGCGCUGGCUCUUAAUAUGCAGUGGCACUGUGGCUGGAGCUGUGGUGCUCGGUGGCAUCACUAGGCUGACAGAAUCUGGGCUUUCAAUGGUUAACUGGCACUUGGUGCGGGAGAUGAAACCUCCUCGGACACAGCAGGAGUGGGAGGCAGAAUUCCAGAAGUACCAGCAAUUCCCAGAAUUUAAAAUCCUGAACCAUGACAUGACACUGACAGAAUUCAAAUUUAUCUGGUACAUGGAGUAUUCACACCGUAUGUGGGGACGGCUUGUGGGGCUGGCUUACAUCCUUCCAGCAGCCUACUUCUGGAGGAAAGGCUACCUGAACCGGUCCAUGAAGGGUCACGCCUUUGCCCUUUGUGGGCUUAUCUGCUUCCAGGGCCUGUUGGGCUGGUACAUGGUGAAAAGUGGACUAGAGGAAAAGCCAGACUCUCAUGAUAUUCCUCGGGUCAGCCAGUACCGUCUAGCUGCUCACCUGGGAUCUGCACUUGUUCUUUACUGCUACAGCUUGUGGACUGGGCUGUCACUGCUGUUACCACAGCACAAGUUACUUGAAACUCGUCAACUCCUGCGCCUGAGAAGGUUCACUUAUGGAACAUCAGGCCUCAUCUUUCUCACUGCCCUCUCAGGGGCAUUUGUGGCAGGACUGGAUGCUGGUCUUGUGUACAAUUCCUUUCCUAAGAUGGGGGAACGCUGGAUUCCUGAGGAUCUUCUUGCCUUUUCCCCAAUGCUGAGGAACGUAUUUGAGAAUCCCACAACUGUGCAGUUCAAUCACAGGAUUCUAGGAGUCUCCUCUGUCACAGCUAUCACAGGUCUGUACCUCCUUUCCAGGAAGAUUCCUCUGCCACGCAGGACUAGAAUGGCCGUUGCCUCCUUACUAACAGUAGCAUACCUUCAGGUCACCCUGGGAAUCAGCACCCUACUCUUGUAUGUCCCGACUCCUUUAGCAGCCACUCAUCAGUCAGGCUCCUUGGUGUUGCUCAGUGUGGCUCUGUGGCUGAUUCACGAACUUAGGCGGAUCCCUAAAUAGCCUCACUCUCUCAGCCAGGAGCUGGGUGUUCAGGAAUGCUGCCUUUGCUACAUAUUUUGUGAACAACUGUGCCUGAAAGCCUGAAUUUGACUAAGAAGAGCACUGUGCAGAGCAGCACCUCGACUUCAAGAUCUGGAGUAUUUAGUAGCAAAACCUGAUGAAUUUGAACCACCAUCUGUCGAGCUAUCCUUGGCUUAAGAUGUGAGGUUGACAAGACUGUCCCUGUGAAAAGAACUGGGGUUGUUUGAACUAUGCCAUCUGUCUAAGGCUGUGGCCAUGAGCUCAUCUCAAUGGUGUCUCUAUCCUACUACAUUCUGUGUAGAUUAAUGGAUGUCAGCAUUGGCAUGGUAUAGGAUUAAGGGGUGAGUGGGCCUUGAAUUUUGAAUUGACUGUAAUUGAAGGCGUGGCGACAUUACAUAGGACUGAGAGGAUGUAGUUGUACUCUGUAGCAGUGUCUUGGGCCUUAUUCUCUGUGCCAUGGGCCAUAUUCUCUUUGAGUGGAAUUAUAUUAAUGUUUGAAUAUUUCAGAAUUAUCAUAAUUUAAUUAAAAAUGCUUCUUGAUGAGUCUUUCUG